UACUCCACUACUCCGUAACUUCUCCUGUGAAUAAAAGCAUUUUCAAUGCACUUUUCGCCCAUUUCCAGUUCGUAGAAUUCUCUCUACAAAUCUACGGAGUAAUAAUUAGGGUUAUCGAUCUACUAUCUUCUACUCAAAUCCAAUAUUAUUCAGGGUUUGAUGCUUUGUUAAGCUGGUGAAUUUGUGAUUCAAAGCUAUGGCUUGGUUCCGAGCUGGAUCUUCUGUAGCAAAGCUUGCUGUUAGGAGGGCUGUAGCUCAGGGGCGUUCUUACGUGUCUAGAGCGCGAUCUACUGAAUUGCAAAGCCGCUAUUUUGUUAAUUCACAGUCCCGUUUUUUCCAUGGCACGGUUUCAAAACCAAAUGCAGCUCCUGUUCCGCGUGCUGUGCCCCUUUCGCGGCUUACUGAUAGUUUCCUUGAUGGGACCAGUAGUAUUUACCUAGAGGAGUUACAAAGAGCUUGGGAAGCUGAUCCUAGCAGUGUUGAUGAGUCUUGGGAUAAUUUCUUUAGGAACUUUGUUGGCCAAGCCGCUUCUUCACCAGGGAUUUCGGGGCAGACUAUUCAGGAAAGUAUGCGUUUGCUAUUGCUUGUGAGGGCUUACCAAGUUAAUGGUCACUUUAAGGCCAAGUUGGACCCGUUGGAUCUGGAGCAAAGACCGAUUCCUGAUGAUUUGAAUCUGGAUGUUCAUGGAUUCAGUGAAGCUGACCUAGAUCGUGAAUUCUUCCUUGGAGUAUGGAGGAUGGCCGGGUUUUUGUCUGAGAAUCGUCCUGUUCAGACUCUUAGAAAUAUUCUUAACCGUCUUGAGCAGGCAUAUUGUGGAAGCAUUGGUUAUGAGUAUAUGCAUAUAGCUGAUCGUGAGAAGUGUAACUGGUUAAGAGACAGAAUUGAGACCCCUACACCAAUGGAAUAUAACAAGGAGAGGCGUCAAGUGAUGCUGGAUAGGCUUAUAUGGAGCACUCAGUUUGAGAGUUUCUUAGCAACUAAAUGGACUACAGCUAAAAGGUUUGGUCUUGAAGGUUGUGAAACUCUUAUUCCUGGUAUGAAGGAGAUGUUUGAUAGAUCAGCGGAUCUUGGGGUUGAGAAUAUUGUCAUUGGAAUGUCUCACAGGGGUAGGUUAAAUGUGUUGGGUAAUGUUGUAAGAAAACCACUGCGACAGAUAUUUAGUGAGUUUAGUGGUGGCAUAAAACCUACAGAUGAGGUUGGGCUUUACACAGGAACGGGAGAUGUCAAGUACCAUUUAGGAACUUCUUAUGAUAGGCCUACUAGGGGUGGUAAGCGGAUCCAUCUCUCAUUGGUUGCCAAUCCAAGUCACUUAGAAGCUGUGGAUCCAGUUGUGGUUGGGAAAACAAGGGCUAAACAAUAUUAUUCAAAUGACACUGACAGGACAAAAAAUAUGGCUGUUUUAAUCCAUGGUGAUGGCAGUUUUGCUGGACAAGGUGUAGUCUAUGAGACACUCCAUCUUAGUGCUCUUCCAAAUUAUACCACUGGUGGUACUAUCCACAUUGUGGUAAACAAUCAAGUUGCUUUUACAACUGAUCCAACGGCAGGAAGAUCAUCACAAUACUGUACUGAUGUUGCAAAAGCUCUGAAUGCUCCUAUUUUUCAUGUAAAUGGGGAUGAUUUGGAGGCCGUGGUUCAUGUUUGUGAGCUUGCUGCAGAGUGGCGUCAAACCUUCCAUUCAGAUGUUGUGGUCGACAUAGUUUGCUAUCGUAGAUUUGGUCACAAUGAGAUUGAUGAGCCAUCUUUCACGCAACCAAAAAUGUAUAAGGUCAUCCGAAGUCACCCUUCUGCUCUUGAAAUGUACAAGAAGAAGGUUUUGGAUGCUGGGGAAAUGUCAAAGGAAGUUAUUGAUCAGAUCCAAAAGAAGGUUAUAACUAUCCUCAAUGAGGAAUUUGAUGCCAGCAAGGAUCAUGUGGCUAAAAAGAGGGAGUGGCUUUCUGCUUAUUGGCUAGGUUUCAAGUCACCCGAGCAACUCUCUAGAAUCCGUAACACUGGGGUUCAACCAGAGAUCUUGAAAAAUGUUGGCAAGGCAAUCACCACACUUCCCGAAACAUUUAAGCCACACAAAGCAGUGAAAAGGAUUUAUGAGCAACGUGCUCAGAUGAUUGAAACUGGGGAGGGCAUUGAUUGGGCAGUUGGAGAAGCACUAGCCUUUGCUACUCUGCUAGUUGAAGGAAAUCAUGUACGAUUGAGCGGUCAAGAUGUUGAGAGGGGUACAUUUAGCCAUAGGCAUUCUGUACUCCAUGAUCAAGAAACUGGAGAAAAAUACUGCCCAUUGGACCAUGUCAAUAUCAACCAAAAUGACGAAAUGUUUACUGUUAGUAACAGCUCCCUUUCAGAGUUUGGUGUUCUUGGUUUUGAAUUAGGAUAUUCCAUGGAAAAUCCCAAUUCGUUGGUUCUCUGGGAAGCUCAGUUUGGCGACUUUUCUAAUGGGGCACAAGUAAUUUUUGAUCAGUUCUUGAGCAGUGGGGAAGCAAAGUGGUUGCGGCAAACUGGUCUUGUUGUGCUACUUCCUCAUGGAUAUGAUGGUCAAGGACCUGAGCAUUCAAGUGCACGAUUGGAACGUUUCCUACAGAUGAGUGAUGACAACCCCUAUGUCAUACCUGAGAUGGAACCCACACAACGGAAGCAAAUCCAGGAAUGCAAUUGGCAAGUUGUCAAUGUCACAACCCCUGCUAAUUACUUCCAUGUUUUGCGUCGUCAGAUACACAGGGAGUUCCGCAAACCUCUGAUUGUCAUGUCACCCAAGAAUUUACUUCGUCACAAAGAUUGCAAAUCAAAUCUUUCUGAAUUCGAUGAUGUUCAGGGUCAUCCUGGUUUUGAUAAACAAGGAACCAGAUUCAAGCGUCUCAUUAAGGACCAGAAUAUGCACUCGGAUCGUGAGGAGGGCAUUAGGCGUUUGGUUCUAUGCUCUGGGAAAGUAUACUACGAGCUUGACGAACGCAGGAAGAAAGAAAAUAACAGCGAUGUUGCCAUCUGUAGAGUGGAGCAGCUUUGCCCUUUCCCAUAUGACCUUGUCCAGCGAGAGUUGAUUCGGUAUCCAAAUGCUGAGGUUGUGUGGUGUCAGGAAGAACCAAUGAACAUGGGCGCUUACAGCUACAUUGCACCUCGUUUAUGUACUGCAAUGAAAUCUGUAAAUAGAGGAACUGCUGAUGACAUUAAGUAUGUUGGGCGCCUUCCAUCUGCUGCAACUGCUACUGGUUUUAUCUCAGUUCAUAGCAAAGAACAGACCGAGCUCGUGCAGAAGGCAUUGCAACCAGAGCCAAUCCCAUUCCCAUGAGCCUCUGCUUGAUUUUUUAUAUGAUGGACCAAAUUUGAGAAAAGAGAGAGCAUAUUUGGUCUCUCCAAAUGUUUUGUGCAGUAAAAUAAUUCGAAAACCCAUUGGUUAUUGUUAUUUGUUAUGAUUUUCUCAGAGAGAAAUUUCAUAUCAAAUACAUAUAAAACAUGGACCUUCUGGCUUUCUUGGUAGCAAUUGUUCUUCGGAGAAAGCUGGUGGUGUCUAAAACCUAUUCUUGAUUUGAUGAAUUUUGAUCCUUUUUACUACGUAUUUCAAGAAAUGUACAAGGCCAAUACGGAGUACUAAUAUUUUAUAAUAGGAAAAUUUGUUAGUCUUUUGGCCAUGUAUACAAUUUUUUUGUAAAACGCGUUGCCCCUUAAUUGGUAGGGAUAACCAAAUAAGAGCUAUGUUUGCAGUAACUAUUUAUUAUAAAAGAGGGGGUAUUUUUCUUGUUAUGAAACGGAGGUAAUUUUUAAAA